AUGGUGUCGUCCGAAGCUAACGAAGCGCCGAAGUAUGAGUUCAAAAUUCCCCCGGAUGGGUUCAAGCGUCAUAAAAGAUCUCUUGCGGGCUUCAAAUGUGUUGUCGUCCUCCUGUGUCUCUCUGUCAUUACGCCCGCACAUGGCCAGUAUUUGUCGGACAAGGGGAUGUACCAGCAACAGCCAAUGCUUGUGCAACCGAUAAGAUGUGAUUGUCCGACAUUUGGCCUCGCCGACGCGUUUGCACACGCCACGAACUUCCUGCUUCUUCUCAUUUCAUUUUUCUAUUAG